GGAGAGUUUGAAAAACCUGCAGACUGCUAUUCAAAAUCAGGCAGUUAUUGCAGAUGUGGAAACUGCAAGAACAAAAGAAGCAGAAGCAGACUCAGAAACAACACCAAAGACAGUCAGACAUGACUCCCCAUUUGUUAAAGUCUUUGAGGGUAUAUUCACAGAUACCAAGAGAAAAAUGUGAAAAAGAAGGGGUUGAGCACUCCCUCAAAUCCAUACUUCUGCCCAGGUUUGAUUGAUAUAGUCCGCACCUACAUUGCAACCCUGCCACUUUGGACUGGAAUAAUGUUGAAACAUUUAGGGCAAACCAGAGACACAAACAGUCAAGCAGAAAAUUGGUUCCGUACCACCAAAAACAUCGUCCUCAAAAACAAACUCCACAGAAGGCCUGGAGAUUUCAUCCAAACCAUGCAUCAGUUCAUAUCUGGUCGAAUGCGUGGUGUCAGAGUAACAGAAAUUCGGCAGAAAGUAAUGGAGGAGAAGGAAUUGGAAGAAAUUGACAAACCACUAAGCCAGGAGGAGCAAUGGAGGAAAAAAAAAACGAAGAGAAAAAAAUCUAAAUACUACAAUCCCCCAAAGGCUCAGAUAAUCAAGAAGGCCUCUUACACAUCUCCUCCAUGGUCUGGCCAUGGAAAGCUAGGACAGCGGUUCAUAACUAUGACAAACACAUGCACCAUCGACAAUUUGCUGUACAUUAUGUACUUAGCAAUGAAGACAAGACCAUUCAUUCUAUCAGAAAUUGAGCAAAUGAAAAUGAAGGACAGUUGGAUGAACACAUUGUUGGAGGUUUAUCAACACUUCUCUGUUGGGCAGUGGUCUCAGGGCAAGAUCUCCUGGCUAAAAAACUUGGACCGUUUUCAAGGGAAAGAUCUAUGGGAUGCAUUUGGAUCUGAAGGUGACUAUGUGGUUUGCCGUCUAGACUACAUCCAUCACAAUGAAAGACUGUCUGUAUGUGACGCUCGCAAAUGUCCUUUCCCUGAGCUCUCAAAGCUUUGCUGGUCUGUUGCUGUACUGUGUAAUGACUUCUCAGACUUACAACAGUCAAUUAACAACUGGGUUGCUGACAAUCAUUCACUGCCAUGCAGAAAAAAGUGGAGGAACGGAAGGGUCUGUCGGGGAAGAAGAACAUACACAGCCCGCAAGUUUGUUCAUGGAGUGCCUCCUUUUGUGAUUAUGGCAAUAGAUGCUACAGUCACCUGUGAUGGUCAUCCAGAAAUGCAGCCACCAAUGCUUCCUUCAUCAGUUCUGCUUUGUGAUGAAAGGCAAGAAUCUCCUUUUUAA